GUUGCCCAGGUGGCUGCGGUGGCAGCUCCAGCUUGGGCACUCGUGCUCCGGGCUAGUGUGGCAGGCCAUGGCCUCUGCCCUGUGUCCUCUCUCCAACUGGGAGCCCAGGAGCCGUCCAGAGGCCUCAAGGAGUGAUGUCCCCAGGAGUGUCGGGCCUCCGGGCCAGCCCCCGACACCAGGCUGGUUAGAAAAGGCAGAGUCAGACGGUGCUGCCACAGGGACCUGGCCAUAGAGGGAAGACCGGCCCUAUCCGCUUGUGGCUGAGGACCGUCGUGGCUAUGGCCCAGCAGCCGGGGGCCCCGGGGCCACCUCCCCUCCUGGCCUGGCCAGGCAGCAGGGAUCCUAUAGAGCCGGCACGGCGGGGCGUGGCUUGCAGCCUGCCCGUGUGGUCCACUGACCAGGAGACCAGGGAUGGGGGCAGCUCGGUGUCCUCUGGCCGCCUGUCUGGCUCCUCAGGGGGCCAUGUGUCUCAUGCCCCUCCCCAUGGGCCCUGGAAGGAGCAGCCGCCACGGGGGCUGGGGUCACAGCGGCCACCCAGAAAGAGUGACCCAAGGCUGGAGCGGCUGCGGGACCGGAUCCGCCAGCAGGCCCGGGGACAGGCGAGCUGUGCCUCCCUGGGCACCUCAGCCCCCUCCAGCGCCUCAUGCCUCUGCUCCGCUCCUGCGCCCACGCCCCAGAGGAGGACCUGCAAGGUGACAGCCCUGGCGCACUCAGGUCCCCAAGACAAAACCAGGAGGACACGGAGCCGCUCCUGCAGAAGGGACAGGGGGGCCCCCAGGUUGCCCUCACCCAGCAGAGCCGCCAAAGGCAAAGAGAAGGCGUGGUUGAUGACAUGGGCUCCAGAUUGUGAGAGGGAGGACAGCGGCCUGGUCAGACUGCAUCCUGCCCCUGGACGCCCUUGGAGUGGCUCCUAUCCAAAGACAGCUGGCUCCCCCUGCAAGAGCAGGGGCACUGCCACCCUGCCCUCCCAAGCAAAGCAGACCUGGCCACAGAGCUCCCCAGGGAAGGAUCUGGAUGCACAGCCCUUCCCACCCCGCCUGCAGCCCCGGGGGCCCCUAGGCCGCUCACACAGCUCCGAGGCCCUGUGUGACUUCAUGCACCGAAAGGCACAGGCAGGGCGGCAGCACGCCCUACAGCAGGUGGCCAUGGCCAUGGAUGCACUGGAGCGGAGAAGCCAGAGGCUGCAGGAGGUCUACCAGAAACAGAGGGAAGCCGUGCAGGGCAAGGCCAUCCCUGUGGUCUCCCAGACCAGCCCCGGCAUCGUCACCUUUGUCCCCAGCUCUGCACAGUCUGGGGUCUUAGAAGCCCCAGGGAAUCUGGAGGUCCCGGAGCAGGGGUGGAGCAAGGUGACUUCAGGCAUGGUGCAGGGGGACCAGGAGGUACCUGGCAGCUUCUGUCUGUGUCUGAACCGAGCAUGGAACCGCCCGGAGACGCCCCUGCCCGUGUCUGCCGCCUCCUCACUAGGCUCCCCGGGACCCCCAGAUCCAGGCCGGGGGCUGCAUGUCUGUUUAGACCCGCAGAUGGCUGAGCGGCUGGGCCUGUCAGGGUCCCUGCACGCCCAGCACAAGCAGGCCCGGCUGCAGGCGCUGGAGACGAUGGCUGACGUACUACAGCAGCGCGUCGACAUCCUCACCGCCAGGCUGCGCCAGAGCGAGGCCUCCGGGCUGCCCCCCCUGGGGCCCAGCACUGCAUCCACUGCGCUGGCCUGCCCAGAGGCUCCCGUGCCCAGUAGGGACAGAGGGUCGCCCCGUGACAAAUUCCCGGAUGCUGAGCCGCUGCCGUGGAGCCCUGGCUGGAUCAGUCCUGAGAGCCAGUUCCCAGGUGCUGUGCAGCUGGAACAGAGGCUGCAGGAAGACUUGGCUCCCUUCCAGGCCGCUGGCACCAGCACGAGGAGCACUCCGGGAGUACCUGCUACUCCGCACCCUACCUGUGGCUCCCCGUGGCUUGAGGAGAUGCUGGCAGCCAGAGGGGUGGGCUUGGUGACGCCCUGGACACCCCGGAGCUGCGGUCCCCAGGAGCCCAGGGUGCUGCGUCCCAGAGGCCGCGGUGGGCAUCUUGCCAACUUCCAGGCAAAGCCCUUGAACUUCCCAGAGUCACUAAAGCAGGACCCAGGACUUGGGCUGCUGCUGCAACGGGAGAAGCGUCAGCAGGAGCAGGAGCAGGAG